AUGUCUGAGACGACCAUUGCUUUCCGCUGCAAUGACUUUGUGCUGGUGGCAGCAGCCGGCCUCAACGCCUUCUACUACAUCAAGAUCACGGACACCGAGGAUAAAGUAACUCAGUUGGAUUCUCAUAAGGUGGUGGCGUGCACAGGAGAGAAUGGCCCACGAGUCAAUUUUGUGGAAUACAUCAAGUGCAAUAUGGCGCUUAAGAAGAUGCGGGAACACGGCCGUCUGAUCAAGACCUCUGCAACAGCUUCUUAUAUGCGUAAUACACUUGCCGGAGCGAUACGCAGUCGUGACGGUGCCUACUUGGUCAACUGCCUCCUCGCCGGCUACGACGUUGUAGCUUCCGAUGACGACGACUGCACGACAGGGCCACACCUCUACUACCUGGACUACCUUGGCACUAUGCAGGAGGUACCGUACGGCGCCCACGGAUACGGCGCCUCCUUCGUCACCGCGAUGCUUGACCGUCUGUGGCGCCCCAAUUUGACAGCACAGGAGGGUGCCGAUUUGAUGCAAAAGUGCUGCGAUGAAGUGAAGAGGCGCAUUGUGAUCAGCAAUGAUAAGUUUAUCUGCAAAGCGGUGACAGAGAGGGGUGUAGAGCUUCUCCAAGGUGUGAAUUAG